ACACAAUAACUACGUAUAAAAAGUUUAAACUUCGUAUAAGAUAUUGGACAGAUGACAACACUUCAUACGCCGUAGAUAAUGGCCAGGACAGACGUAAAAAUAAAUCUUUGGGUCCAUUUGAGUUUAACAAAAUUGAUUUAGUAAGAGAUCGACAACAUUUGUGAUUUUGUUUACUUUAGCUUACUAGAAAGAUAUGGCAAUACCAGAAUAUAAUCAUGAAGACAGUAAUGAAGUGAACAUUUAUGUGAAUGAACUUGUGAUUGAUGAAUUGAAAGUAACAGAAGAGAGGGUCGUUGAAACGGAAAACGAAAAUAGUUCGUGUGAAAGAAAUGAAUCACUUUUUCAAACUCUAGAUCAUGAUAAUUCCAAAUCAGUCCUUGCAAAACCAAUGAAAAGAAAAACAAACUUCGCAGUGUUUUACUGUGUAUGUGCUUGCAUAAUGACGGUUAUCAAAAUUGUGGAUUAUCAAGAACGAAAUAAGCGAACUCGGAAGUCCAAAAUUAACAUUGAAUAUUACUUUUCAAAACAUAAAGCAAAACUGAAAGAAUUUAUCGAACAUCCUAAGGCAUGUUUAUGGAUUAACAAGUUUGUCAAAAGACUAUAUCAAAUUCCGAGGACUAUUUUGCAAACUUAUGUGUUAAACCCACAGGACUAUAACAGUUUUAUUAAGGAACGGAAUACAGGAUUACCAUCAUCUUUAAAGGAAUCUAUGCAGUUUGAAUGGUGCAGAUUAUCAAGCUUUGCUAAUUAUCCAUAUACUAGUAUUUCAGUGAUACGACUUGCCGAAGCUGGAUUUUACUACGAAGGAAACGAAAAUGAGGUCGUCUGCUUUUCUUGUGGAUUAAAUUAUAAAAACUGGAAGACAAACGAUAGCCCAGUACAAAUACAUAAAGACAAUUCACCUAAUUGUUCUUUCGUUGUGGACAACUUAAAUAUGAUAUCAAGAAACAAUGACAUGCAAACAGCAGAUAUUUCCGCAUCUGUUGGCGCAUGUGGAAGUUCACCGGAAGCGUCAACCCUAGUCGUUAUAAAGGAUAACGAAAACAAAAUUGAAACAGCUUUAGCAAAUGAAAUGAAAACAAGCGAAACAUAUUCAGAAAACAAUGUUACCAUGAACCAGAAUAUAUUUUCUCCAGAAAAUAGUGUUUCCGCAGGCAACGAUAGCAGGUUGGGAAAGGAAAACCUAGCAAAUAGUACAGUGCCAAGGAGAACAAACUCGGAGUUCGCAACUUUUUCCCGGAACAACACUACUGGUCUCAUUAGAAUGCCAGAAAACAGCAGAUUCCUGCAGUCGCCACUUCAAGAACCGCAAUCUUCUAACUCUGUCAGUUCAUUAGCUUCAAAUAUGGAGACAAUGAACAUGGGUAUUUGUCUUGAAAAGCCUAAAUACCCUAAAUUUGCUGUAAGGACAAUUCGAUUGUCAUCAUUUGCAAAUUGUCCUUCUUACUUUUCUCAAACACCAGAUGAAUUGGUGACUGCAGGUUUCUUUUAUACCGGUAUAGAAGAUCACUGUAGAUGUUUCUUUUGUGGAGGUGGUCUUCGUAGAUGGGAAGUUGGGGAUUUGCCAUGGACAGAGCAUGCGCGUUGGUAUCCAAAAUGCUCAUUCGUCAUACAGUGCAUGGGGGAAAAGUUUAUAGAAGAUGUACAACAAGGAAAGGAUCCUGAAAAUAUUCCAAAUAGCACACAUGAGGAACAGAAGAUGGAGUCAAAAGGUUUAAUUGGUUUCACCAAUAACCCAGCAGUGCAAACAAUUCUACAAUUUGGAUAUGAACCAAAUGUAGUCAAAUCAGCUUAUACGAGCUUACAAUCAAUUGGAAUUCAAGAUAUAACAGCUAGUUUGUUGUUUGAAACAAUUGACCAAAAAGAAGAAAGAGAACACAAUAAAUCGGCUUGUAGCCUACCGGUUAAAAGUAGCUCUCCAUCAGCACAAAAAGUCAAAAAUGACAUUCACAAUACACGUAAAAAAGAACAGGAACAUUUUGACCCAAACAUUGAAUUAUCAAUAAAAAGUCUUGAAGAAGAAAAUAGGAACUUAAAAGACCAACAAACUUGCAAAAUAUGUCUAGAUGAACCAGUGUCGAUCGUUUUCUUGCCAUGUGGGCACAUGGCAGCGUGUGCAAACUGUGCCCCUGCGCUAAGACGUUGUCCGAUCUGCAGAGCUUUCAUUAAAGGAACUGUUAAAGCAAUCAUAAGUUAAGAAGUUUGCCCUGUAGAAGGAUUAUCAUAGAAGCCCAAUGGAUGUUGCAAUAGUUUAACAAACACCCAUGAAGCAAUAUAUUCACAAAUAAAUGAAGUGAUUUUUAAUUUGUCUAGCAUACUCCAAAGAAACAAUUUACUAAAGCUUGUGAAGAAUAUCGAUCAGUGUGAUCUUUGACUUUAUAUGAACUUUUGAAACUUCAGUAUAUUGAGAUGUUUAGUUUCUGAAACUUUGACCAAUUGACCUUUUGCGCUGAAAAGGGAUGAUAUAUGAUAUGAUUGAUUUAUACAAGUAUUCCGAAAAGCACUUAUAUAUAUAAGCUAUAAAGUGACUGUAUAUGGUAUAUCGCAAUUAUAUCUGCAGUUCCUCGUUUUUUGUGAUACUUGACCAUAAUAAAACAAUUUUGCGAUAA